AACAAGAAGACCGCCUCGUCUUUUUGCCUAUUCCUUUUUAGUUGUCAAGUUGGACUGGUUUUUUUUCGACGUGAAUCAUUAGGUAAACAGAUGGCAGUCUUCCUUCCUGUAACUCGUACAGCAAACAUGUCAGACCGCGAUCACUUCGAGUCCUGUGUUCGAAUCCCAACUUUCAACGGCACAAUCCGCAUUAGCAGGCAUAAUUACAGAGACGCCUUCGUCAGGUUAGACAAUCUUGACGCCGAGAUUUAUGUUGGAGGCCCCCACAAUCUCAAUCGGGCUCUUGACGGCGAUAUCGUGGCCGUACGCUUGCUGGAUGCGGAUUAUGUGUGGCGCCAGAGGACACGAAUAGAGCGACAACGGUUACAUACACUCUCCAACCAUGCAGUUGACAACGAAACCAUCCAGAAGCCGACAUAUUGCGGCACAGUAGUUCGGGUGCUCGAUCGCUUGCUAAAUCGGUCAAUCGUGCGGACUGUUUCUCUGAACAAACCGAGAUCGGUAGAGGUCGGCAACGGUCGUCGUCCGAAGGAAGUGUGGUUCCAACCUAAAGACAACCGAGUCCCUUCCAUCAAGAUUCGCCUUCCAUGUCCGCUACUGGAAGACAUAGUCCACAACGAAGGCAAAUAUAGAAACAUUCUUUAUGAGGCCGAUAUAAUUCAAUGGGGCAUCCAUAGUUACUAUCCAUAUGGCGUCAUUGUGGAUAAAUGUUAGAUGUUGACCAAGGUCGGCAACCUUGUCGUUCAUGGCCCUGCCUAGCUCUUUGAACUCUCGAGGGAACAGGUCAACUCCAUUAGUUAA